AUGCCUGCUGCCAAUGAUUAUUUAAAAUCAACCAAGAAGCCCAAAGUCUUGAUUGUGGGUGCUGGUAUCGGUGGAUUGACCCUUGGGGCCUUGUUAGAGAAGGCUGGAGUGCCAUAUGAGAUCUAUGACAGGAUGGUUGGGAUUAGACCUCUUGGAGCGGCGCUUGGGCUGGGCAACACAGUAGCCCCCUUAUUCAAACAGAUGGGCAUCUGGGAUGAAUUUCUAUCACUUGGCAAACCACUGCAUUCGAUUGACAAUUACAAUGAGCAACGACAGCUAGAGUUCUCCAUGGAUUUCAAUCCUAUGAAGGAAUUGGGAGGGACUCUUGAUUAUGUAUGUUCAAGAGCCGCGGCUCACAGUCUAAUUCAACGUCAGAUCCCUGCAGAAAAGAUCCAUUUAAACAAGCGUGUCGUGUCCAUAAAACAAACCGAGCCGCCGAGUGACAGUGGUGGUAGUGGUGGUGGUGGUGUUGGUGUACAGAUCCAGUUUGCAGACAACACAACUGCUGAAGGAGACAUCCUUGUGGGAGCCGAUGGAGCAUAUAGCAAUGUCCGGUUGAAUAUGUAUGAACAGUUGCAGAAACAGAACAAGCUACCGGCGUCAGAUAGUGCAGGUUUGCCUUACAAGUGUAUCUGUCUCGUAGGGAAGACUCAUCCCUUGGAUCCGACUCAGUUCCCGGAAUUAAAUGAUCCAGCAUGUCGUUUCUCCUCUAUGAUAGCACCAAAUAAGCUCUAUUCGUGGACGACUUAUACUAUCCCGGAUAAUAUGUAUUGCUGGAUAGUAAUCCAAUAUCUGGACGGGAUCUCAUCCUUGGACCAGAGUAGCUUUCGAAACGCAGAAUGGGGACCAGAAGCGGCCGAAGCUAUGUGCAAGGAUGUACGCGACUUCGCCAUCCCUGGAGGACUGAAUAAUUCCUUGACCAUGGGGGAUUUGAUUGACCAUUCGCCCUCGAUCUCCAAAGUCUUGUUAGAAGAGAAAGUCUUUGAUACUUGGUAUUCUGGGCGAACUGUGCUAUUAGGCGAUGCCGUUCACAAGGUCCAUCCUGCGGGCGGUACAGGAGCAUGGAAUGCUAUACAUGAUGCAGUCGUGUUGGCCAACUGGCUAAAUCUUUUAUCUUCUUCUGCAUCUGUAAGUGAGAUCGAAGCGGUCUUUGAAGAGUAUAAGAGAGAGCGUUAUCCUGUUGCCAAAAUAUCCUAUGACAAUGGCCGAAUCUUUUCACAGGUGGUUGAGCAGACUCUGAAGGCCAAAGUCACACGCUUCGUCAUGCGAAAUGUACCCAACUGGCUUUGGCGGAUCAUACUGACACGGAAGAUCGACGCACGUCCGCAGCUAUCCUUCUUGGAGUUAAUUCCAGAUAACGGUAGUGUGCCUCCUCGACAUCAACCUAGUCUCGAAAAGACUUUAUCUAUCCUUCGCGCUCAGAAAGCAUAA